GCUCCUCAUUAGCUUUUAUCUUAUUAAUGGAGCAGGUUUAAAAACCUUUUCCUUUGCAGAGGAGGCUUUAGAAGGUUGUUGAGGCUGAUCCAAAGUUUGGGAGACAUGUCAGCCGCGCAGGGACUCCUGAACAGCGUCUUUUCCUGCUCAUCCCCUGCUUCCAAAGCCAUAGCCAAGAGGAGACUGCGCCAAACCCGCAGCCUGGACCCUGCAAUCAUCCGGCACUGCGGCACCGGGACCGAUGGGCAGUUUACGGCUGCGGACGCAGGUGCGCCACAGAAUGCCAAGCUGGCUUUACGCACCAAGAUCCCCAAUCUGAAAGAACCCAUCACACCAUCGCUCUCCUCUCCUUCGAUACCUACAUGCGUUUCUCCAUCCUCUAAUUUCCACUUCGACUACGAGAUCGCCAAGCGCCCAAAAAGGAAUACCGCGGGGGAUUUACCGUUUAUGGUGAGGGGAUCCAGCGCUGCGCCUUCGGGGAGCACCGGCGCGCUCUUCUCGCCGCGGAGGUGGCUCCAACGGAAAGUGCAGCCAUCCUGCCCUCACGCCUAUAUUGUGUGGAAAUCAGAGGGAGAUUUCACCUGGAGCAGCCUGUCAGGGCGGAGUGUACGCCUGACUCCAGUCGCCAUCCAGAGCCUGUCAGAGCUGGAAAGAGCCAGGCUGCAGGAAGUAGCCUAUACCCGCUUACUCCAGGACUAUGACCUGGGAUGUCAAAUAACAAUCCCAAAGGAUGGACAGAAGAGGAAAAAGUCAUUAAGAAGAAAGCUGGACUCUCUAGCCAAAGAAAAGAGUAAAGACAAAGAGUGCGUACCCCAGGCCUUUAGCAUACCCCUUUCCCAGGUCAUCGCUAACGACAGAACACACAGACAGCGACAGGAUGCUUACCGCCUGGACCCCCCACAGCGGGAGGAGCACAAAGACUCCUCUGACCUUGUGUCAUCAAUUUUGCAGUUUGCCACCAAGCGGCCAUCGAACAAAGAAUUGUCCAGCAGUAACUCCUCACUCAGCUCCACGUCAGAGACGGCCAAUGAGUCAACGUCACCCAACACCCCCGAGUCUGCACCACGUGUUCGCAGGAGGGGUGGCAUGUCCGUGGAUUCCAUCACAGACCUAGACGACAACCAGUCCCGCCUUCUAGAGGCGUUGCAGCUCUCCCUGCCAGCUGAAACGCCGAGUAAGAAGGAAAAGCACAGGGACAAACGUCUAAGCCUGAAUCCCAUCUAUCGUCAGGUUCCCCGGGUGGUGGACAGCUGCUGUCAGCACAUCGAGAAAUACGGUUUGCAGACUGUGGGGAUCUUCAGAGUGGGAAGCUCUAAGAAGAGAGUAAGACAACUGCGGGAGGAGUUUGAUCGGGGUAUCGAUGUGCAGCUGGAUGAGGAGCACAGCGUACAUGAUGUGGCAGCUCUGCUAAAGGAGUUCCUCAGGGACAUGCCUGACCCUCUUCUAACCAGGGAGCUCUACACAGCCUUCAUCAACACCACAUUGUUGGAGCUGGAUGAGCAGCACAGCGUCACUCAGCUGCUCAUUUACCUGCUCCCAGCAUGCAACAGCGACACUCUGCAUCGCCUGCUUGAGUUCCUGUCCACCGUGGCAGACCAUGCCAACGACCAGCACACGAAGGAGGGUCAGGAGAUUCCGGGGAACAAAAUGACAUCUUUAAACCUCGCCACCAUCUUUGGGCCUAACCUGCUCCACAAACAGAAGAGCUCAGAUAAAGAGUUCAGCGUCCAGAGCUCAGCCAGGGCGGAGGAGAGCACCGCCGUCAUCGCGGUGCUGCAGAGGAUGAUCGCUGGUUGUCAAACGCUCUUCAUGGUCCCCCCUGAUCUGCAGAAUGAAGUUUUGAUGAGCCUUUUGGAGACUGAUCCAGAUGUGGUUGACUACCUUCUUAGGAGGAAAGCCUCACAGAGUCCUGACCUCCUUCAGCCCGAAGAGCCCUUCAGUCUGAGCGAGCGACGUUCAUCCAGCGAUUCAAACAAGGUGUCUAGUGGGGAAGUUUCUCCUUAUGACAACAAUUCGCCAGUGCUGAGUGAGCGCAGAGGGGACCCAGGGAGUCUGGCCGGUGAUCAGCAGUUCCCUGUGGUGGAGUCGGUGGCUGACUGGGGUCGAGAGCCUUCAAAAGAGGAACAUGCCAACAUUUGGGGCACGUGGCACAGCACUCUCAAACCAGCUCUCAAGAACCAAUCAUAUGCAAGUUCCCAUUGCAACAUGUCAGAGGAAAGCUCUCGCAGCUCUCAGGAAGGUCUUGAUGGUCUCCAUAGUGAUGUCAAAGUCCCGACAGACACAAAACGAACUCAUACAGCACUAGAGUGCAGAACCCACCCUCAUGUAUCCCGCCUGUGCACAGCCCCUCACUCAGACACAGGGCGACCUCGCCUGCAGCUGAACAUUAACCCUACUAUGACAUCCCACCUGAACAGCAUGCCGGGCUCCAUUCGAUUCCCAAGCGAAAGACGCUCCCCUCCCCCUUACAAUGCCCAUCACCGUGUGGCCAGCUCUCAGAGCUCCCCGCAGCUUGCAACACCUUCACGGCCUCAGCUGCAACCGGGCAGGCCCAUCACGACGCACACCAACUCGGGCCAAGCGGUUCCGCCGAGUUCAGAGUGGCAGGACUGGCAGCGGGAACGGUGGCAAAUCUGGCAGCUGCUCUCCUCGGACAAUGCUGACACACUGCCGGAGACGCUGGUGUGAUUUUGGACCGUACGCUCCAGCAUAACCCCAGCUUAUUUUUGUUCGUUCUUUUUCCAUCUCGGCGCCAUGAAGUUGUUUACAUGCGCAGCUGCUGCCUUAUCCGGAUCUUUGUUUUUUUUUUUUUUAUUAUUCUUUAUAUAUGAACCACUAGCAUUUCUUCUUUGUAUGGAUUUUAUGACCUCUCUUUUUCAGCCCUUAUGUUUCUUGAGUUAGGAGCCCACCAAAAAUACCUCAAAUUAUAUAAACCUUUGAGAAUAAACACCAAGUAUUCUGCUAUGUCAGCUUAGCCUAAUCGAUGGAAAAUAUUUGCUUCUUUGCAGUUUUAAAAAAUAUUUUAUUGCUUUUUUUUUUUUUUUUACACAAAUUAUGAUGUACACAUUAUUUGCUGCUAAUAUUUUUGUGCAUACUAUUAAAUUUAUUCAGCCACAUGCUUUAAUGUUAAAUGUUGGACUGUAUCAUAUGUAAUAUAAUGUAACAUAUGUAUGUCGUUUUCCUCAGAAUAUCUACCUAAAAUCAAAACAGUUUCUUUGCUUGUUAAAAGUUUUUGUCCAUAUUCCGUUAUUCUAAAGUAAAUUUUAACAGAAGUAACGUGCUUUAAACCCGUGUCGGACUGCAGAAACAUUGUGCCAAACUCUACUAUAGGAACUUGAGUUUUCAGGAUUGUUUUGGGUCUGCUAGUUUCUUUCAUGGGCAUUUGGACAAUUUCAGAGAUUGUAAUAAGAUUUCUUUAUGUUU